CUGCAGAUUAGAGACAAGGUGUGAUGGACGCAGGAAGAGAUGAGACAUUGUCAACUUCCUGUAGCUGCAGCCAUCAGCUGAGUUCCUUAUUUGGGGCUUGGUGGAGCUGGUCACUGGGUUGUUGGUGGCAGUGCUGAGGGGCCCCUCACUGCCCCAUCAUGGUAUCUGCUCUCACUGUCCUCUUCCUCGGCUGCUGGCUGGUCCUGUGGAGCGAGGUGUCUGGAAAGCUCAGCUACCCCAAACCCUCCAUCUCCCUGAGCCCCCGCGGGGAAGUGGCCCUGGGGGGAACUGUGAUCGUCCGGUGUGCGUGUCAAUGCCAGAAUGUGACGGUCCUCAUGUAUAAACUUGGAAACCCGGACGCACGGCUCUGGGCAAAGACUGCUGGGGGUGUGGCUGAGUUUACCAUCGACAACGUGAGCUGGAGAGACACAGGGAGCUACAGCUGCCAAUAUGGCACCAAAUCGGACCCUCCCAUUUGGUCGCAUCCCAGCGACCCCGUGGAGCUGAUGGUAGCAGGGGGAACUGACCCAACACAGCUGGGAACACCGCCGGAUCCCACCCGCCCAGGCAGCACAUGGCCAAAUUACACCCAGGGCAACAUCGUCCGUCUGGCCCUGGGCACCGGGGUCCUGCUGGCCCUGGCGCUGAUCCUGGCUGAGGCUGCCCCAGGAUGGAGACGGGGCAGAUGCUAG